AUGGAAGAAGAAGGAGAAUAUAUAUCAAAAAUUGUACUCGAAUUACAACCAAGAUCACUUCGAGGUUAUCGGCGAUUAUUUGGAAUUCGAGAAAAUAAAUUCUUCAAGAAAGAAUUAUUUGAUACAAAUCAUUUUACAAAUCUAUUUCUUAAUCAAUAUAAUAAUAAACCUAUUCGACGUGGAGAACAUAUCAAAUGUUGUCAUUUAAUUGUUGCUGUGAAACAAAUUAAAAGUGCUCCAAUAAAAUUGUUAGGAAAUACUCAAGUGGAAUUUCGAUUAAGAGGUCUUCCUUUUUUCAAAAAUGAAGAAAAUAAUAUUUCAGUAAAUGAAGAAAUUUUAGAAAAUAAAGGAAGAUUAAAUGAAUCGUUUAUUAGUGAUAUUAUCACUAAAACUAAUGAAGCUAGUAUUGAUAUUGAAAUAAAACAAAAUUAUCCAUGUUAUUGUUGUGAAUGUAAAAAAAGUUUAUCCCCUGGCGAAUAUUAUAUUAAGACUGGAAAUUGGAGUCGACCUAUUGUUUGUGUAUCUUGUUAUGAAUUAUUAUUUACUCAUCAAUGUGUUCGUUGUUCAAAAUCAAUAACAUUUGAUCAUAAUUCGAUAACAAAUGAUGGUUUAGCAUAUAUAAAUUAUGCUGAACAUAAUGGUUUAUAUUGGCAUUCGGAUUGUUGUGUUUGUGUUAUAUGUUUAACAUCAUUAGUUGGAAAAGAAUUUUGUCAAGAUCAAUUUAAAAACCAACUUUUUUGUCAUGAACAUGAUCCGGAACAAUUUUAA